UGUCUUUAGCGUUCCCUGAAGCGCCUGGCUCCUGAGUGUGUGUGUGUGUGUGUGUAAUGAUGUGUGGAGGUGUCAAGGUGGAGAGUUAAGACGGGACCAGUUCAAGUCAGCAAAAACGUGAGACUGUGUGUGUGAGUGUGUGUGUGUGUGUGUGUUUGGGGUUAGCUGUUGACCAGGCUAUGAGUGCGUCUCAGAGGGAGAGACAUUCGUUGCUGAGUUGAGUUGAGCAGAGCAGGGAGAUCUGAGCGAGGAGCAGCCAUGGGGCUCGGACAGUCCAGCAAGGCUCCGGUGACCGACGACACGGAUGAAGUCAAUUUUGACCAUUUCCAGAUCUUAAGGGCGAUAGGAAAAGGCAGCUUUGGAAAGGUCUGCAUUGUACAGAAGAAGGACACUAAGAAGAUGUACGCCAUGAAGUACAUGAACAAGCUGAAAUGUGUGGAGCGGAACGAAGUGAGGAACGUCCUGAAAGAGCUGCAGAUCAUGCAGAACCUCGAACAUCCUUUCCUGGUCAACUUCUGGUACUCCUUCCAGGACGAGGAGGACAUGUUUAUGGUGGUGGACCUGCUUCUGGGAGGGGACCUGCGCUACCACCUCCAGCAGAACGUCCACUUCUCGGAGAGCACCGUCAAGCUGUACGUCUGCGAACUGGCCCUGGCUCUGGGCUACCUCCGCUCCAAGCGCAUCAUUCACAGAGAUAUAAAACCUGACAACAUACUGCUGGACGAGCAUGGACACGUCCACCUGACUGACUUCAACAUUGCAGCCAUCGUGAAAGAAGACUUAAAGGCAACGUCCAUUGCUGGGACCAAACCAUACAUGGCUCCGGAGCUGUUCCAGACCUUCGAGGGGUCCCACCCUGGAUACUCCUUCUCUGUGGACUGGUGGUCCCUGGGAAUCACGGCCUAUGAGCUUCUGAGAGGACAGAGACCGUAUGUGAUGAGAUCCAGCACGCCGGCCAACGAGAUCCUUCAGACGUUCCACAAGGUCCACCCGAGCUACCCAGCAGCCUGGUCUCUGGAGAUGAAGUCCCUCCUCAGAAAAUUGCUGUGCAUAGAUGUCCAGAAGCGCAUUUCCUGUCUGGCAGAGCUGCAGGAUCUGGACUACAUGUCAGACGUCAACUGGGAUGCUGUGCUCAGCAAACAGCUUCCUCCGGGCUUUAUUCCCAAUAAAAGAAGACUAAACUGUGAUCCCACAUUUGAGCUGGAGGAGAUGAUCCUGGAGUCCAAGCCGCUUCACAAGAAGAAGAAAAGGCUUGCCAGGAAGACCAGAGACCAGGGAUCAGAUGGGUCUCCACAGAACGGCCAGCUGCAGCAGCGUCUGGAUAACGUCCAGAGAGACUUUAUUGUCUUCAACAGAGAAAAGUCAAGGAAGGCAGUGGUGGACUCUGAGUCCUCUGAACUAUCUGUGAGUGAGAAGAACAAGGCGAUAGAGGACGGACAGAACAACAACGUGGAGCCGGCUGCCUACUUAUCAGGGUAGAUCUCCUCACCCGAGGUCCCUGCGCCCGCCCUCAUCACUUGCACCUUCCCACCGCUUAUAUAUCAGCAAACCUACCGCCAGACACCCACCAGCACCGGCACUCAGCAGCUCCUGGGCGUUCUUGCACAGAUUUCCAAACACAAAGGC